AUGGCUUCUCUGGGUAUUCGCCUCGAAUCGAAGAAACAGGUGGAUGACUUCUGCCAGAAGCUCUCCAAGGAGGCUGAGGAGCUGGUUUCCUCAUUUUUCCCUCAAAAGAUCGAACAGCUGCAGAUGCUGCUGAAGACGUCCUUUAACUGUGACGACCUGGCUUCCCUGAAGGCUCCGCUGGACAUCCCGAUUCCAGAUCCGGCCAAAGAGGAGGCCAAACGCAAGAAGAAAGAGGAGAAGGAGGCUGAGGAAGGGAAGAAAGACAAAGACAGUGACAAAGAGGAGGACUCAGGGCCUCCCUGUGGUCCCAUCUGCAGCAACGAGCGAGUGGAGAGUCUCCUUCGGGAGGUGUCGAUGUGGGUGCAGCUCCAGAUUCCCAGAAUUGAAGAUGGCAACAACUUCGGAGUGGACGUACAGGAAAAAGUGUUCAAGCUGCUGACCAACACGCGCACCAAGAUCGAGGCGUACCAGACUCAGAUCUCCAAAUAUUACAAUGAGAGAGGGGAUGCUGUGGCCAAGGCCUCCAAGCUUUCCCAUGUGGGAGACUACAGGCAGCUGGUCCACGAGUUGGACCAGUACCAGUACUGCGAGCUUCGACUCGUGAUCUUGGACAUCCGCAACACAUACGGGCUGUUGGACUCCAUUAAAGCUCCGUACCUGGGCAUCGCUCUCUGCCUCACGCUCACCGUCUGCUUCUCCUCCCUCCAGUCCGAGCUGUUCGACAUCAUUAACAAGAACUACGACAAGAUUAAGAAGCCCAGAGGAGACGGGAAAGCUCUCAUCUACUGA